GUGCGGACCCUGCGAGCAGGGAGGGGCGUCCCAUGGGCUGACGGCGUCGGCGCUGUGCACGGAUGUGCAGUGGCUGCUGGCUGCAGCCCAUGUGAUGCAUCUGAGGGGGCACGCUGACAUUUCGAGAGGAAAAAAAAAAUAAUAAAAAAUAAUAAUACCCAGAGACCCACGGGGAGCUUUGAAGAGCCAGAAAAGAGAGCAAGAGAGACAGAGAGAGAAGAGGAACCGAGCCGGGCAGGGGCGCAAAUUCCCGGGCCGGGAGAGAGGAUGUGAGCGCAGCGCUGGCACGGAGCCGGGGAGGAUGCGAUGGCCGCUGGCACCGAAAGCGGAGCAGCGAUUUUUAGCCACCGAAAUGGAGCGGGGACAGCAGCGGGGAGCGGCGGGGACGGCGGCGUGGUGGCAGCUGAGCGCUGUGCGGGAUCGGUGACACCGCGGCCGCUCCUCUCCAUCGCGCCGAUGUGACGCGGCGGUGCCGAGCGGUGGCUGCGCGCUGCUCCUCGAGAUUUUGGAGCCGUCUCCCGGUUCCUCCCUGCCCGGGUGUCACCAUGCUUCCUCGCUGGGCGAAGCUUCCCUCGGGCGCUUCCCCUCGGCUGCGGGAGCAGGACCGAGCCUCGGAGCCCGGGGACCGCAGGCUGCCAUCGCUGCUCGUGGAUCCCGACAGGACCAGCGCCCACAUGAUCUCGGCCGACGAUGCCGAGUACCCGCGGGAGUACCGCACUUUGGGCAACGGCACGCGGCGCUUCUCCAACGUAGGCUUGGUGCACACCUCAGAGCGCCGGCACACCGUCAUCGCCGCCCAGAGCCUCGAGGCCCUCACAGGCCUCCAGAAGUCGGAGAUGGAACGCAAACGGGACGCCUUCAUGGACCACCUGAAGAAUAAAUACCCGCAGCACGCGCUGGCGCUGCGCGGGCAGCAGGAGCGCAUGCGGGAUCAGCAGCCCAACUACUGGAGCUUUAAGACCAGGAGCUCCCGGCACUCACAGGGCUCCCAGCCUGGCCUGGCUGAUCAAGCCAAGCUCUCCUUCGCCUCGGCUGAAUCCCUGGAAACCAUGUCGGAAGCAGAGCUGCCCCUGGGCUUCAAUAGGAUGAACCGGUUUCGGCAGAGCCUGCCUCUGUCCCGCUCCACCAGCCAGACGAAGCUGCGUUCUCCAGGGGUCCUCUUCCUGCAGUUUGGGGAUGAGACGAGGCGUGUGCACAUCACCCACGAGAUCAGCAGCAUGGACACCCUGCACGCCCUCAUCGUCCACAUGUUCCCCCAGAAGCUCACCAUGGGGAUGCUGAAGUCUCCCAACACCGCCAUCCUCAUCAAGGACGAAUCCCGCAAUGUCUUCUACGAGCUGGAAGAUGUCCGCGACAUCCAGGACAGAAGCAUCAUUAAAAUAUACCGAAAAGAGCCGCUCUAUGCCUCAUUCCCUGCCUCGCACAUCACCAAUGGUGACCUGAGGCGGGAGAUGGUUUACACCUCCAGGGAAUCCUCUCCCACCCGCCGCCUGAACAACAUGUCCCCUGCCCCCCACCUGGCCUCAGGCUCCCCCCCACCCGUCCUGCAGUCCUCGUCCCCCUCCCGCUCCCGCAUGUCCUACAGUGGUGGCCGCCCACCCUCCUACGCCGGCAGCCCGGUUCACCACGGCGAACGCCUGGCCAGCCUUCCCCCAGCACCCGGAGUCUCUCCCAGCCCCAGCGCCAUCCUGGAACGUCGCGACGUCAAACCCGACGAGGACCUGGCAGGGAAAAACAUGGUGCUGGUGAAGAACGAGGGGCUGUACGCCGAUCCCUACGGCAUGGUGCACGAGGGGAGGCUCAGCAUCACCUCCACGCAGUCUCUGGCCGGCAUGGGGGACCCUUUUGGUUACUCGGGGGGGCUGUACAAGCGGGGCUCGGUGCGUUCGCUCAGCACUUACUCGGCGGCCGCGCUGCAGACGGAGCUGGAGGACAGCCUGUACAAACCCAAUGCACAGAUCUACAGCGAUACCUACGGACCCGGACUGGGUUUCCGCAUGCCCCCCUCCUCCCCACAGAAGAUGGUGGAGGGGCAGAGCCCGCACAGCCCUUAUUCGGGGCCGCCCAGCCGCUCCUCACCCGUCCGGCAGUCCUUCCGCAAGGAUUCCUGCUCCUCUGUCUUCAUGGAGAGCCCCGUCAGCAAGCCACGCAACCCCGGUGCUGCAGGACCUCCUGAGCUGUUCCCUGGCCCUGGGGACCGUCCGCUCUCAGGGUUCAGCUCCCCGGUGCCAGCCAAGGACACGGAAACGAGGGAGAGGAUGGAGGCCAUGGAGAAGCAGAUCGCCAGCCUGACGGGGCUGGUGCAGAGUGCCCUGCUCCGUGGUUCUGAGGCUGAGACCCCCAGUGAGAAGACUGAAGCCACCAAUGGUGGGACUCCUCCAUCAGCAUCAACCAGCCGCAGCGGCAUGGGGACCCCAGUGCCUGCACCCCCCCCACCCUCUGCCACCAGCACACCGGCAGGGCAGCCCACAGCCAUCACCCGCCUGCACAUGCAGCUGCACCUCCACGACCUGCAGCAGAACGCCAGCGACCUCCGCAACCAGCUGCAGCAGCUCAAGAAGCUGCAGCUGCAGAACCAGGAGACGGUGAAGACGAUGCUGCGGCGGACGGAGACGGAGAUCAGCGUGCGGGUGACGGACACCAUGCGCAAACACGAGGACCCGCUGCAGCGCCAGCGCAGCCUGGUGGAGGAGGAGAGGCUGCGGUACCUGAACGAGGAGGAGCUCAUCACCCAGCAACUGAAUGACCUGGAGAAGUCGGUGGAGAAGAUCCAGAAGGAUCUGGCGCACAACCACCGCCUCAUCCCAGUGCAGGAGCUGGAGGAGAAGGCCGUGGUGCUCAAGCAGCUCGGGGAGACGCUGACAGACCUCAAGGCCCAGUUCCCCAGCCUGCAGAGCAAGAUGCGGGUGGUGCUGCGGGUGGAGGUGGAAGCUGUGAAGUUCCUCAAGGAGGAGCCGAACCGCCUCGACGGGCUGCUGAAACGCUGCAAGACGGUGACUGACACACUCACCCAGAUCCGCAGGCAAGUGGAUGAGGGCGUGUGGACCCCCCCCAACAACCUCAGCCAAUCCCCCAAGAAGAUGGCCCCCGAGACAGACUUCAGCAAAGGGCUGGAGCUGGAGAUGCCCCCGAGCCCCCCCGUGAGCCUCCACCACCUGACAGCUGGCACUGAACCCCUGGGCAUGCCCAGCUUUGGGCACAGCCCCCCCCAGACCCAGAGCCACCCUUCUAAGAGCAAUAAUCCUUCCCGGGCUCCAGAGAUGGUGCCUGCCAAAACCCAGACGGGUCCUGAGACGCCCAGUAAGAAGAGCGCAGACAAAGCUGUGUCUGUGGAGGCUGCUGAGAGGGACUGGGAGGAGAAGCGGGCAGCGCUGACCCAAUACAGUGCCAAGGACAUCAACCGCCUCCUGGAGGAGACGCAGGCUGAGCUCAUGAAGGCCAUCCCCGACCUGGAGUUUGCUGCCAAGCACAAGCAGACCACGGGCAGCAGCAGCGCCGCGUCCACGCCGGAGCAUAAACCAUCCAAGCCUCAGCAUGCACAGAAAUCCACGGGGAAGGUGGAUGCCAAUGGCCGCAGAGGCUCAGAUGAACUGACGGUGCCGCGGUACCGCACCGAGAAACCUUCCAAAUCACCGCCUCCACCGCCACCCCGCCGGAGCUUCCCCUCAUCCCAUGGGCUGACCACCACCCGCAGCGGCGAAGUCAUCGUCACCAGCAAGAAGGAGCCUGGCUUUAUGAAGAAAGCAGAAUCAGAAGAGCUGGAGACCCAGAAGCCACAGGUGAAGCUGAGACGGACGGUGUCAGAGGUGGUGAGACCUGCAUCCACCCCACCCAUCAUCGCCUCUGCCAUCAAAGAUGACGACGAUGAGGACCGCAUCAUCGCGGAGCUGGAGGUGUUUCAGAGAAGCUCUGCCUCCCCUUUCCUCCCCACGCUCCGUUACGAUCCUCUCGCGGCUGCCGUCUCCCCUGGGCACGCAGACAUGUGGCCCAAUGGAGCCUCCGUUGCAGCCGAAGGAUGGAAGGAGCUGGCAGCCCCAGCAGCCCCGGGGAGCAGGGCUUUCUCCCUCCCGCAGAUUGUGCUCACCCACUGGGUGUCUGCACCGCCGUCUCCUGAACCCGAACCCGCAGUGGAACAGCACUGCUCUGAGCACGGGGAUCCCGCUGGCCAUGGAGGAGCAGGAGGGGAGCACACAGCCGAGGUGGGGAGGAGAGGUGGAGUGUCAGCCAGCAGCCCCAGCAGGUCUCUGUAUGCAGCUGGGAGUGCUCCAGCCACAGCCCUGCAGCCCCUGAGCACUGCACCCCGCACACUGGGAAGGACACGCAGGUUCCCCCUGGCACACGGCGAGGUCCCGGCUGUCCCGAAGCACAGAGCGAGCUGGCCGGCAGGAGGAGCAAGUGGAAACCCUGCUCCAAGCUCUGCCAGAAGGCACGAAGGCAGCAGCAAGGUUUCUCCUCGGUGCACUUUGGCUCCUUGUCCCCAAGGGACGGUCAUGGCACUGCCCCCCGGUGAAGGGCACAGCAUCGCCCCACAGCUCCCUGGUGAUGCAGAGCCCAGAGAUGGAGCUGGGCAGGAUGCAUCCCUCCCUCCUGGAUGUGCACGGAGGGAGCAGCACGGCAGCACACCGGUGUCAAGAUCCAGGUGCCCCCCAGGCCUGCAGGGCAGCAGAUGGAGCCAGGCUGGGCACCAGCCAUGCGUGGCAGUGCAGGAUCGGAGCUCUGCUGGGGCUGAAGCGGGGGGGAUGGCAGCUGGGGGGUUCCACAGCCCCACUCCUCAGGGAAGGAGCGAAGCAGAGGGGUCCCCCCUGCACAGCAUGUCACCACGCAGCAGGGAGAUUUGUGAAGGUGCCUACCAGAGACUGAAUAGCCUGGAAGAAACCAUCCGUGAGCUGGAGAUGACCAUCAACGAGAUCAGCAACCACCGCUCAGCUGAGGCUGCGUUCCCUGCAGGACUGCUGGGACAGGCAGCAGCCAGGGAUACCAGCCAGGAGUCUGAGGAUGGUGUGGGGCACAGUGAGCACUGUGAUGAUGGCACUGCGCUGGAUCUCAGCCAGACCAAAGCUGAUGCUGCCAAGAGUCCAGCCUUGAGCCACACCAAACCGCCUCUGCUUCCCAAGCCGCAGCUCGGCUCGCCUCAGAGUGGUGGCGUUUCCAUCCCGCCCAUGAAGAUGGUGAACCCGGCAUCCAGGCUGAAGCAGAGCCAGCAGGGCAGCCCCGACAAGAGCAAGCACAUCAAGCAGAGGAUGGAGUACAUGAGGAUCCAGGGACAGCAGCAGGCCGCUAGACCAUCCAAAGAUCCUAGCGAGGCUCCCCCUGCAGAGAAACCCACCUCGGGCAGAACAUCCAUCCCCGUAUUGACUUCCUUUGGGGCAAGGAACUCCUCCAUCUCCUUCUGAGCCUCCUUGCCAACUCCAAACAUCAUUUCCCCACUCUGGGGCUGGGCUCCUCCUGCCCUGGACUUUGUCUCCUCGAGGCAUCUCCCCCCAUAUCCAUGUCCCACCCCACAUGGCCAGCUCAGCCCGGCUGCUGCCCCACGCCUCGCUCCAGACAUCCAGCCACAACCACUUGCUGUUUCUUUUCUCUCUUUCUCUUCCCCCCUCCCCUUUCUAUGAUUACGAUUCUUUUCCACCUAUUUCCGUUGUUUUCUUUUCGGUUCUUCACCUUUUCGGUUCUCCCCCCCCCUCCUCCUUUCCCUCCCUCAAUUCCCCCCCCUUCCUCCUCCUCCUCCUCCACCGCCGUUUGCUGUUUAUUGAAGAGCUCUCAGAGCUUCAUCCCACGAGCUCCAAGCAACAAGGACCCAGCAGGCAGAGGGGGCAAAAAGCAGCAGCCGAGGACCCCCCCCCACACCCCCCCCAGCCCUCUGAGCUCAGGA